UUCACGUUCGAACACGUUUGAGAGCGAUCGCGUUUUCUCGGCACCAUCCAGCUAAAAAAUGGUCGGUCAAGCGAUGGUCGGAUCGAUUCCGGAGUUUGACGGGUUCGUCGACGACUGGGCCGUGUACCAGGAGCGGCUCGAACAGUUCUUUGAGGUGAACGACAUCCCGGACACGAAGCGAACGGCGCUGUUGAUUUCGGUGGUCGGCACCGAUUCGUACAAGACGCUCCGGGAUCUGUGCCAUCCGGUGCUACCGAAGAACCGGACGUUCGAGGAGCUGUGUGAGCUGCUGCGGAAGCAGUACAGCCCGCAGGUGGCGGUGUUCCGCGAGCGGACCACGUUCUACAACGCGCGCCAGGAAACGGGCGAGAACGUGACGCAGUGGUACGGGCGGCUGAAGAAGCUUUCGGUCGACUGUCGGUUCGGCGAGAAUCUGGAGGCGAUUCUGUUGGACAAGUUUGUGACGGGGCUGCGCAGUGGCAUGAUCAUGGAUCGGCUGUGCGAGGAGAACGAAGCCGUGACGCUCGAGCUCGCCCUCGAGCUGGCCGUGAAUAAGGAGUGCGCCCUGAAGAGUGAAGUGGCCAGUGCCGGGGGUCUCUAAAGGACUGCACACGAACGCAGAGCGUAGUUUCAGUACUUAAUCCAUUAAUGCAUUUAAGCACCCGAAUUAGUGAUAAGACACAAUCUAGCAUAAGCUGCUUUAAGAUAAGGAAGAUAUGGACUUUUACGAAUGCAUGCAUGCAUGCGUGUGUGUGUUAAGUGAGUAGGCGUAUUUUGCCGUAGGCAGAAGAUGGCCAUUUAGUGGACGAAUGCAAUAUAUUAUGCAAAAAUAAACCAAAAGGACGAUCGUUGCGACCCAAGAUCUCCUUUGCGAUUG